GUCAAUGCCUGCGAGGGACCUGGGUUCGAUCCCUCGCAAACGCACUACGGGUCAUGCCGCGUGCGGGGUAAAAAGGGUGUAUAAUUCCUCGUAAGUCGAGGUCGUCGCCGCCUCCCAGGGGCCGCCGUGCGGUUUGGCACCCGCGCUCCGGCGACCAUCGCCAGGUAUAGGAGUCCCACGUCUCCAGCUGAUGAGCGUGGUGUCCUCAGAUUGUUCAUCCUUCAACUAGUAGUACUACUACUAGGUAGAAGGUCGCCUACACACAGACUUUGGGGGCGCUUUGUUAGGCCUCACCUCUCAGCCAUGGGGGCUAUGUCCAGGUUUGUCGGGGUUGUCGUCUCCACCAAGAUGCAGAAGUCGGUGACGGUGAAGGUCGAUCACUUCUUCCGGCACCCGCGCUACCACCGCUUUGUGCGCGCCUCCCGGAAGUUCAUGGCGCACGACGAGCUGCAGGCUUGCAACGAGGGCGAUCAGGUCCAGAUUGAGUCGUCGCGGCCCAUCAGCAAGAACAAGGCCUGGGUGGUCUCGGAGAUCCUCAAGAAGGAGCGCAUCUUCGACACUUCUGAUUACGCAGCGGAGCGGGCGGCCGCGCAGGCGGUAUCCCUUCCGCUCACUCCAAAGCCGGUCGUUGGUUUCCGGACGGAGUUCCUCACGAGGGGGGCAGAGGUACAGGGCAUGUUUUGGGGCAUGCACUGGCGGGGUGCGGUGGUAGACCUCGGGAUCGGCCUUCCAGGGAUUGUCAGGCCCCCAGACAAUCCGGAAGCAGCGGACGGGUGGUGGAAAGCGAUGGAAGGCGCAGUCAAAGGGGAGGUGAUCAAGGUUCGAGUAGAGGGAUCCCUGGACCCCGCCUGCGGCCUGGUCAACCUUUCGUUCCUGGAGCGGCUUUCGACGUCGGAGAAACGAGUGGAGAUACCCGACGCAGCCCAGCGCGACGAGUACCUGCGCAAGAUGGUCGCCCAAGCCUGGCGUGAGGCACUGGCGCCGCCCAAGACGGGCCCGCCCCCAACCCCCAAAAAGUCGGACGAGGCCAAGGUUCGGCGGGUCAGCCAAAUCGGACGCCUACUGGUCGGAAAGCUGUCCGAAGUUGGUCCUGACGGCGCAGUGGUCGAUCUCGGACAGGCCUGGAAGGGCUUCAUUCCCGCCCAUAUGUUUUCGUGGUCUCCUCCCGAGGGGGGAUCCGACGAGCCUUCGACAAGUGGGCGAGAAGAAGGGAAGAACGGGGCAAGUGCGGAGCGGAAGGGUUUGACGGGAGGGUUUGAUGGGGAGGCGCCGCGAGCGAGGGAGGAACUUGAGAGGACACUGUAUGCUGUGAAGCUCAAGGUUCGCGUAACAGGUAUCCUGCCGGAGAAGCAGCAAGUGGUCCUGUCAUUAGUUGGGCGGGCCACUCCCGAGACGCGGACGGAAUCGAAGAUGCUUGCGGCAUGCAACGGGUUUCCUUGGGCUGGGAGCGAUUGGGACACGACGCGAAAAGAGCUGCUCGCAAAGCACCGGGGGGAUGCCGCUGCUGCGGCGGCUGAAUAUGCGGGAAAGACGGGAGUAGCGGGAGGUAGAGAGCAGGGGCGAGAAGGUCGUAUGGAAACGGAGAGUAGGCCUAGCUUGUAGGUAAUUGGAUGGGCGUCGGUAGAUUAAAUAGGGCUUUGGGAUGAGAUAGGGAGAGAAGAAUGCGUACGCGAGCGGUCAAACUUGUCGCUUUGUCUUGCGCAUACAGGCACGCGGCUCAGGAGGGAACGCAAAAGUAGAGACUCUUACAGGAAUCACGAAGAGAGCAAGGUUGUAUUCCAUGUCGUGGCUGUUAUCAUCAAACCCCAAGCUUAAUGCCUUCGUUAGGGCUUACCAAUUACUCUUUUUGAAAUGUUGAAGAGUAUGAGAGAACAUCGAAGUCCAGCCGCUUCUCCAGAGCAUGAGCAAUUGGGCUGUAUACACGUGCGUAAUCAGUAUCAGUAUUGUUGAGGACGCCGAGUCAUUGACGUG